GGUAAAAAUAAUUAAUAAAUAAUAGAAAUAUUUUAUUUUUGUUAUUUAUUUUUACCUACGUGGCUUUCCCGAAAAAAAACCUAAGAGUAUAAAGAAAGGACACUCGGGCACGUUCGUUCGUCGUCGUCAAAGAGCGUGGCCUCCGAAGUGAAACUAUAUAACAGGCGACGUUUCGGAAAGCGACUCCUUCCUCGGAGCGUUGUUGGCGGUGGAAAGUUUAGUCGGCCAUCUUACGUGGGGACACCCCUCUGUUACUGAGGGGGGGGGCGGUCCCCCCCCUGACCGACCCACUGCGAUGACGUCACGUAGCGUAGCAAACCAACCCCGUUACACAUCCCUACGCAAGAUGGCCUCGUGUGCGAGUCACUCGCCCCGCCCCCCGUCAAGGCGGGCCGCCAUGCCGUCUCCAUCGCAACACGCUGGAACUAUUAAACGCGUCAUGUGUGGAGUGGGUGGAGUGCGCUGGGCGUUUCGUACGGCGGGCUGGCAACCCACACGCUCCGAAUGGCUCCUGGCCACUCGUUGCAUUCAGGCAGAGGAGAGGCAGCGCGUCUCCGAGUUCGUCUUUGUCGAGGAUGCCAAAGCAGCAAUGGCCGGCCGUUUACUUCUGCGGAAGGCGAUCGUGGAGAUGUUGGGUCUGCCAUGGGAGCGCGUUCGAUUGGGCCGUACCGCCCAGGGAAAACCCGUGCUGCUAACCUCUGACCCUCGCCCUGUUCUCGACUCUGAAAACGUCACGGAGCGUGGCCUGGACUCGGUUGGAGCCCUGGGCUUUAACGUGUCCCAUCAAGGGGACUUCACUGUGCUGGCUGCAGAGCUUGGACAUACCAUUGGGGUGGACAUCAUGAAACAUCAGCUGAGAGGUCGGCAGACCACGGAGGAGUUUUUCAGGCUGAUGAGCCGGCAGUUCACGCCACUUGAGUGGAGAACCAUCCGCAGUGGAGGCAGUGACUGGGAGAAGCUUGGGCUCUUCUACAGACACUGGUGUCUGAAGGAGAGCUACGUGAAGGGUGUCGGCGUUGGACUCGGCUUGAACCUGCAGCGGGUCGAGUUUCGGCUGGGAUCGCCGCGUGUCGACGUGUCGGCCGUGACGCAGGACACCAGGCUCUUCCUUGACGGCGCUGAGGACACCGGGUGGCUCUUUCAGGAGACGAUGCUGGAUGAAUCCCACUUUGUAGCUGUGGCUGUGAAUCAACACUCAACAGUCUGCCAGACAUCCAAAGGUCACAGGCGUGGCGAUGAAUCAUCGUGCGUGCGGCCGUUCGUCGCGCUCAGCUUCCAAGACCUCAUGUCGACGGCUGCCCCCUUGUCCCUUGAAGAACCAGAAUUCUGGGAAAAUUUUAAAGCAAAAAAUCUCAAAACGUUCGACACGUAGGGAAGAAUAAACACCAACGUGCGUUCCCUUGUUGAGAUGCAAAUUCUAUUUUAUUUUCGUGCCCCGCUUACAAUCGGGUGGCGUGGUGAAAGCCUCCAUACUUUUCUUAUCGCAGGUCAUUAAUGUGACAUUCUUGGCUUCCUUUCACCAUUGCCUCGGGAUGUAAAACAAAUACCUUGCAGAUAAUUAGCAAGAUAAUAAUAGAUGGCCACUGGUUAGGCAAGUGCAGGAUAUGCGCCUUUUUUAAAUUAGGUUUGUUUACCAAUGAUGGGGUUGCGGAAGAGGGUUACGGUUAGCCUGAAGGAAUGUGAUCAUUUAGCAACUUUUCUAUGCAAAGUGUCAAGUGUGAGCAAGAGCGAGUUGUGGUUAUUUGAGCGUAUUCAUCAGUGGAGUAAUACAAAACUAGAAUUCUGUUUUUAUUGGGUUACGCCGCCCAUGGGAGUCGAGAGAUUACACAUGCUCAGUGGCUUCCUUGAUUGAGGCUAAACAGAAUUUUAAUGAAAUGUUUUGCAGUCUGAGCUUUGUUCGAAGCGCACCGGUAAAAUGUCAGUUCUCGGAAGGCAACGUUGAUUUUGCAGUUUUGUUCACAUGCCCCUUGGAUAUAAAUACUCCUGUGAAGCAAUUCUGCCGAGCAUGCCUUUUGUGUUCCAGCGUCAUGGCUGAAUUUGAUAAGGGAUAAUUUCCAGAGGUCUGAGUUCUCUGCUAGCCUGUGGGACUCGGCUGCAAUGCAGCGUGUCAUUUAUCUGGGUCGUGGCAGGAGAUAGUUGGCACAGUACACGGGAAACUGAGUGCUAUUAUAAUUAAGUGGUAUCCUUUGGGGCAAUGCCGAUAUUUGUUUAAAAAAUUUGUCACGUCGAAAUUCUUCACCAGAUGACUGCCACUCUUAAUAGGUUUUUCAUAUUGCUGAAAUAAUGAAGCUGAAAUGAAAUGGAAGGCCUUUUAUUCAAUUCAUAGUUAGAUUGUCAAUCCUUGUGUAUGGUAUAUAUGUAAUGUUGAAUCGAGAACACGAGAAGGGAUUGGUCUUGAAUGGUGCCUAUUUAAAGCACCUUCCUGCUCAAAUGAGCUAUGGGGCUGCACUCAUUUCUUAGGGGCAGAGGCCCGUUUCUCCAAGGGAUGACCACCGGUUGAAUUUUCACACGGUUGUACUCGAACUGACUGGAAUUAGAACUUGCACCCGUCUUUUGGUGACCAGAAUGCUCAUAUCACAACACCAUUGGUGACUAAGCUCUACAUUGAUAUGGGACCACUAGAGUAAUUAUGGUACAAUGUAUAAUAACAAGAACAAUUUACAGCACCUUGUCAAUCCACUGCUGGAUGAAGGCCGCCUAGCAUUUGCGUAGGUAAUGGGGGUCUGUUUGACCAUAUUUCACCACAGUGGUCAAUUUGUGUUUGUGAAGGGGAGACUCGGCACUGGUUCAGAUAUUACUCACCAUUGAUGUUACCCAUGUCUAGGAAUUCAGUAUAAUACAGAAGGAAUCCAAUAAAGUUACAACAACAAACUAUGAAAACACGAUAGGAGUGCAAAGUAUAGAAAAGGUAAGGAAAUCAUGAAAAAAUAUUUACCAGGUAAAGCCCACUGAGCUAUUAGCUUCUUUUUUAGAAGCGAUCUGGCCACAAAUAAUAGCUCAAUGAAGUGGCUUGUCAUGUGGAAGUUAUAACUGCCAAAUUAUCUAAAACUAAACGCAUGCUGUUGAUUUAAAGCUUUCGUGACUGCAGGGAUUCAUAUUUUUAUUUAUUAUUUUAUUGUUUUCCUUCUACGUGACUUUACCGAAAGAACCAAAGAAUAUGAUAUAACCUUGGCAUCAUUCCUUCGCAUGCCAUCUUUUGCAUUAAUAAAAUGGGGUACUGGAAGAUGUAUUGAAUGCUCAUUUCUACAACUUCUCUGCUAUCUUUGCCGUCUAUACGCACUAUAUGAGUAUAGCUCAAAGAGUGAGUACUUGUAAUACGUUAUUAAGUUUGUUACAAACAUUUUUAGGAAUUGGCAUUUCUGCCACUUGUUAUCGAUCGUGCCACACAAGGGAUAUGGUUAUUGUCAACCGCGACCUGCAUAGCGGUGAGUGAAGCGAAGGGGUCACAGCGGGCUAGUGUGGAGAAUGAUGGGGCGUAAAGUUCCCGCUCGUACCGCUUGCGAAUUCUUAAUCCACUCGCAUUGUACCUCUGAUGAGCACGGUUGGCUACGCACGGUGCGAAAGAAGUUCAGCGUACACGCGUACGUGCUAUGCCACGGCAAGUGCGUGACUAGCACCCUAAUUUCAUUACGCUGUCGUCUUCUUACUUGAGCUCACGCGUGUCUAAAGGCGACACCGAUUUGGGCAGAUGCUCCUGCUUCUGGCCGACAUGGAAACGCGACUGCCACGCAGCACGCUUGCUAAUCGGUGACAUUCGCAGUGGCUCUCUCUUUUUUUUAUGGAUGAAGAAUCUGCAUUGAAAUGUUUCACGUCGGCUGCUGCCUGUUAUCAUUCCGUCGGCUGCGUGCAAGAUGUAAUCUCUCGGGGGAAAAAAAAGGAUUAUACGCCGUGCAUUAAAUCUACCGCAAUGCAGUUUAUCACCUAUUAAAAUGCUGAAUCUUGUUUUUUGUGUCACGUUCGGCCGAUUUUAUAAUUUCACAAUGAAUAAAACGCCGCUGAA